GUAAGGUCAGCUGUCGUGACGUCAUCCAGUGACCAGUGUCCUUCUCCUUGCUUGCAGCUCUGUUGCAGCACUGGUUUCAUUCACAUAUUCCUCAUAAAAUGGCUACAUUAAUCAGGAGGAUUAUCAGCACAGCUAAAGCUCCUGCUGCUAUCGGGCCGUACAGCCAAGCAGUGGUGGUAGAUCGGACCGUGUACGUCUCAGGACAGCUGGGGAUGGAUCCUGCCAGUGGACAGUUGGUGGAAGGGGGUGUCCAGGCUCAAACCAGACAGGCUCUUGUGAAUAUGGGCGAAAUCCUUAAAGCAGCUGGGUGUGGUUAUGAGAACGUUGUGAAAACCACAGUGCUCUUAGCUGACAUGAAGGACUUUACCAAUGUCAACGAUGUUUACAAGCAGUUUUUCAGCACUAACUACCCAGCCAGAGCUGCCUACCAGGUUGCUGCUCUCCCCAGAGAUGGACUGGUUGAGAUUGAAGCCGUUGCUGUAUUGGGCCCUCUGACCGAUGCUUCAUAACAAGUACAUCUAACAAAAGUAAAAACUGGAAAAGCCACGAUCACUGAACAUUAUACAGUAUGUGCCUUGUUUUGUAGAGUAGUCAAGAAUCGAUAAAACAAAAUUCCCGUAAUCAUUUCUAUUAUAGAUGUAUCAUAUUUUGUAGAGCAUUUAACGCUGCCAUAAAUAAACAUUGUCAUGUGUCACCUCGCAGACUAACAGCAGUCAGGAUCAGUACACUUUCUCCUCUUUCAUUAACAUUGAUGAGACAUCACCGCAUUUUAAAUCCCCUCUGCUCACGUUUCACUUACAAUAGCUGUAAAGUACCUAAGCUUGUUUGGCCCUAUUGAAUUACACUACCAGCCAUGUUGUCACCGGCCGUACCCGUGGCAGUGAGUCCUCUCUCAUUGUGCCAGAGGAUGGAUGAUCAAAUGUUACUCAAUAAUAAAUGUUUUUAAUCUGUUUAAA